UGCAAAUUCUUCUCACGCAUCAUUCUUGGAAGAGUACUCAAGAUACUGUGGAACUUCCUCCAACAAUACACAGGUGUCAAAAUCUGCAUGAACUAAUUUUCAGAGUUUAUCCACAGCUAGAUGUGCUCAGUGCGGUAACCCCAUCCUACUUAACUGAGCGCACAAUUCUUUCCGCCCUAUAUGAUGACGUCUGCGCUAUCAAUGAUGCUGGCAGCUAACAAGAUGUCGGGUGGUGACAACCUCAAUCGUUCUACCACUAAUCAAUAUCUAAGUGAGUUUUUGAAUUCUCUAAACACGUCAGGUUUACAACUUUUCAAGUUGCAGCUAAAAGUUUGGUGCUCCAUCAUUUUGUUGAGGAAUAUAGCUCCAAAAGUUGGCCUCUGCAAUGGGACAAGGCUUAUAGUUGUCAAGUGCGCAUUGCGGGUUAUUGAGACUAGAAUUCUAACUGGUGACAAAUUUGGGAAUUUAUGUUUAAUUCUGCGGAUAUUAUUAUCACCAUCGUCUAAAGAUUUACCGUUUCACAUGACUAGAAGUCAAUUUUCAGGCCUAACAUAUGCCAUGACAAUCAACAAGUUGUUGGGCUAGUCAGUCAAGUUUGUUAGUGUAGAUAUGCGCUCGUCGGUAUUCAGCCACGAUCACAUUCAUGUGGUCAUGUCUAGAUGCUCGUUUGCCGAUCGCAUUAGUGUCCUUCUCCCUCUUGAUGGAUUAGUUAGCACGACAAAUAUUGUAUAUCCAAAGGUGUUGUUGGACUCGAUGUAAAUAUUACUACUUUUUUUUAUGUGUUGCAGAUUACGUCAUGUGACGUUCAUGACUAUUGUUAUAGUUUAAU